AUUCAAAACAGGAAUUCUCAUGCUGAAUAUGGGAGGCCCAGCAGACACCUCUGACGUUCAUAAUUUUCUCCUCAGACUUUUCUCUGAUGAAGACAUCAUAAAAUUGCCUUUUCAGAGUAUACUUUCCCGAAUCAUAGCCUCUCGCAGGGCACCCAAAGUUGAGGCACAAUAUUCACUUAUUGGAGGGGGCUCACCCAUCCAUCAUUGGACAGCAACACAAGGAAAGGCAAUGGUGGACAUCUUAGAUCAAAUUUCACCAGGAUCUGGUACGUUAACUUUUUUUACUUUAAUCACAGCACCACACAAAUUUUAUGUUGGCUUUCGUUACGCCCAUCCCCUCGUCGAAGAAGCUAUUAAUCAAAUUGAAAGUGAUGGAAUUGAGCGAGCCGUUGCUUUUAGUCAGUAUCCGCAAUACAGUUGUGUAACUUCUGGAAGUAGCUACAAUGCAAUUGCUAAGCACUACAAUGAUCCUAGGAAGUAUGGUUUGGCAGGCAUUGACAACAUUCCUGCACCUGGAAGAAAGCCAGGACCGCUUUGGUCCUUUUUAGACAGAUGGCCGACUAACACGCACUUAGUUGAUGCUAUUGUGAUGCAUUUAAAAUCCGAAGUCGAUCAGCUCGAGAAAACACACCAUACACGAGAUGCCGUUGUCCUGUUUAGCGCUCAUUCCAUUCCGAUGGAGGUCGCUAAAAGAGGUGAUCCCUAUCCA